GCGCCUGAGGCCGCGGCCUGUGGUUUGGAGCUGCUGGGGUCAGUUCCCGGCUCUCAAGGUUGCCCGGGUGGCGGGCGGGGGAGCGGGCCGGGGGCGGCGGGGGUUGCUGUAGGACGAGCGGCUUUGAACCCCUGCGCCCGGCCCCGCCGGCGGGGGCGGCCUCCCGCCCCAUCGCUGGGUGCCCGGGGCUGCGAGAGUGGGGACCGCCCUGAGGUCCCUUCCAGGGCGACCUCCGGGACGUGGUCCAGGGCCUCCCGGAAAAGAAGGGUCUAAAGCAGAGAAAGCUGCUUACCCGUUAGAGGGCCAGGCCCUUUUUCCUUCGAGGAUCGCUUACUCCGCACCUGGACCGUGAGAGAGGGUUUGGCUCCUCUGUCCGCAGAGGAAGAAACAGACUCAGAGACGUGAAGGCAUUUGCCUCAGGCAAGUGUCCGAUCCGGAUUCAGAGCGAGUCCUCUGGCCGGAGCCGGAGCCCUCGCUGCUCGCGCCGCAGCAGGGUCCUCAUGCGUGAUUCCGAUACCAUUGUGUCGUUUGAAUCAGGAAUGAAAUCUGAAAGCUAAGAGCAGAAGCCUUCUUGGUCAACAUGGAGGACAAAAGACGGCGAGCCCGAGUGCAGGGAGCCUGGGCUGGCCCUGCAAAGAGCCAGGCCAUUGCUCAGCCAGCUCCCACUGCUGAGAGCCACCUCCAACAGAGACCUGGUCAGACCUGGGUGAAUAAGGAGCAUCGUCUGUCUGACAGACAGUUUGUGUUCAGAGAACCCCAGGAGGUGGUACGCAGAGCCCCAGAGCCACGUGUGAUCGAUAAAGAGGGUGUGUAUGAAAUCAGCCUCUCACCCACAGGCAUAUCUAGGGUGUGUUUGUAUCUUGGCUUUGUUGACUUAAAAGAAGCUGACUUGAUAUUUGAACGGCUUUGUCAGGAUGUUCCCUGGAAGCAGAGGACCGGCAUCAGGGAGGAUGUAACUUACCAGCAGCCAAGACUUACAGCAUGGUAUGGAGAACUUCCUUACACUUAUUCAAGAAUCACUAUGGAACCAAAUCCUCACUGGCAUCCUGUGCUGCUCACGCUGAAGAAUCAAAUUGAAGAGAACACUGGCCACACCUUCAACUCCUUGCUCUGCAACCUUUAUCGAAAUGAGAAGGACAGCGUGGACUGGCACAGCGAUGAUGAACCUUCGCUGGGGAGGUGCCCCAUCAUUGCUUCGCUCAGCUUUGGUGCCACACGCAUGUUUGAGAUGAGAAAGAAGCCCUUACCAGAAGAGAAUGGAGACUACACGUAUGUGGACAGAGUGAAGAUCCCCUUGGACCAUGGGACCUUGCUCAUCAUGGAAGGAGCCACACAAGCAGACUGGCAGCAUCGCGUGCCCAAAGAGUACCACUCUAGAGAACCAAGAAUAAACUUGACCUUUCGGACAGUUUAUCCUGACCCUCGAGGGGCGCACUGGUGAUGUGAGAUCUUGGAGAGAGAAGCCUUGCUGAGACUGAGCAAACCUUCCACUGUGAAGAAACUUCCAGAGACUGGUCCAGCUGCUCUCGUGGUGUGGCUGUUUGGAAGACGAGGAAGGGAUUUGCUUCCCAGCUUGGAGUCCUUUUAAAUGACAGCCUGCAGUUCAUGUUCAUAGUAUGUUUACUGUGGGAACAGUAAUCCCUAAUCACAUUUUGAAAUCAUGUAUUUUCUUUAGGCAAAUUAAAAACUGCUGUGGCUGUGUUCACAGA